AUGACCUUCUACGAUAGUGUGUUUCCUUUUUACCCACAUGAACAGAGGAAAUGGGUCUUUAGUGUGGACAUUAUUAUUGUCAUCAUUGUGUUUUUAGUGUUUGCUUCAGCUUUUAUCCUCAUCAUUCCAGGAAUAAGAGGCAAAGCAAGACUAUCAUGGAUGUGCAGAGUGAUAAUAAGCCUGUUUAUUGGAGCUGUCACAGUUGUUGUAAACUUUACUGCCGAUUGGGAGGUUGGAUCAGUCAAUGCUGUAACUACUUACAAAUCCUUCAGCAAUGCCACGGUGAAUGCAGACAUCGGGAUUCAUGUUGGCCUUAAUGGAGUUAAUAUAACAUUAACAGGCAACCCCAUUCAUCAAAUUAAUGAGACAAUUGACUACAAUGAGCAAUUUCUCUGGAGUUUUGGUUCCAGUUUUAAUGAAUAUUUUAAUGAUGGACUGAAAAGAGGACUCCCUAAUCCCAUCCUAUAUGUAUCAGAGAAGUUCACCGAGUUUGACCCAUGUGGCAUUUUAAGCCAGUAUAGGAUAUCCAGUCACUACGCAUCAGCUUGCAUGUGGGUGGCAUUCUGCUCCUGGAUUAUCUGCAAUAUCCUGUUCUCCAUGUCGGUGUUCAUAUAUGGAGCUUACAUGAUCCUUGUGACGGCAGCUUUUAUCCUCUUCUCGUUGAUUUCUUUCUCCACAGUGAGAAAUGUAUCAUUUUGUAAUAUACAGUUUGGUUCAGAGUCUCUAAAAACUACAUUUGGAGGUUCUUUCUGGGUCAGCCUUGCUACAGGUCUACUUUGCUUCCUUAUUGGAAUAACAUUAAUUGUUUUAAAUUGGUGUGUUCCUGAAAAACUGAAGUUAUUUUUCAAUGCUAUAGAGGAAGAUGAAGAAGAGUCCACAACAAGACUUGGCGAUAGCGAACACUGCCAUAAUAAUUUGGCAUUUGAACAUGUAUGAUUACAAUGUUAAUCUUUAGACAUUUUAUGAACUAUUGAUGUGGUCUUAACAUGCACAGUCAUAGUGUAAGCAUUUUUAUUUAUUUUAUCUUGACUACCAAGAGGUACAGUAAGCCAAGUAUAAAUGACAAAGAAACAAGAGGACCGAUGACCACCAAUAUUCAAGUGAACAAGACCAUUUAGAGUAUCUGGAAGUAAAAAGUUAGGAAUGUUUCAAAACUUUUCAAAACCUUUCUUUUAUACUUGUUGUGUCUACUUGGUGUUAGCAUGUAAAAAUAUUUGGUAAAAACAACUGAAUAAAUGUAUGUUC